AUGCAGAUUCAGUUAUAUUUGAUUUUUGGCAUUAUACAAUUAGUCCAAAAUGUACCACUGGAUGCGACCUUUAAAGAAAAACCACUAUGGAUUCGACAGAAAUUGGAUCAUUUCAAUAAAAGCGACACACGCACUUGGAAAAUGCGGUACCUGGCCAGCGAUCGUUACUAUAAGCCGGGAGGGCCAUUAUUUAUUAAUGUUGGUGGUGAAUGGGAAGUUACGUAUAAGGACGUAUUGAUAGGACUGUACUAUGAGCUCGUCAAGGAGUUUAAUGCCUAUUCUGCUUGCACCGAGCAUCGUUAUUACGGGAAAAGUCAGCCAAGACCCAAUUGGUCUGUGGAGAAUCUAAAGUAUUUAGAUAUUAAACAGGCGCUGGCGGACUUGGCACACUUCAUUCGACACAAACGGAAAACAAUACCAGGCAUGCAAAACGCGAAAGUUGUACUUUUUGGCUGCUCCUAUGCCGGAACCAUGUCCAUCUAUUUCAAAAGGGAGUACCCCGACCUAGCUGCCGGCAUUUGGGCGGCUGGCGCACCGGUUUGGUAUAGAUUGGACUAUUCAGAUGGUAAUGUUAGCAUUGGCAAGGCACUUCGUAUUGUUGGAGGUGACCCCUGCUAUGAUCGCAUAGAAAACACAACCCUCACCUACCUCAAGUUGAAGAAAUUGAAGGAUAACCACAUUUUGCGUGAUUUGAAAGCCAAAAAUAUAACUAAAGGCCUCGAAGAAAUUGAUAUGGUAACAGCCGUCAACAUACAACAUCGAAACCGCACUUAUCUGGAUAAAUUUUGUAAGACAUUGGUGUCGUUUGAUAAUAAUGAUCUUGUUGGAAUGGCUACAUACCUAACCAAAGAACUCGGAAAAAUCCCUGAAAUGGGAUCAUACAAUGGUACAAAAAUAAAUCACGAAUCUUUCGGACGUCAAUGGUUAUAUCAGCAGUGCAAUGGAUUUGGCAACUUUCAGACUACUUCGUCAAUGCAUCAGCCUUUUGGCAACAAAUCGCCCUUCACAAAACAAGUUGACAGAUGUAGGAAGGAGUUUGGUCCCAAAUACACAAUAGACUAUGUUAACUCGAAAAUUGAUGAGAUGAAUGUCAAGUUUGGUGGCUAUCAGCCAGGAAUUCAAAAUGCCUACUAUACAUUUUCAGAUCUAGAUCCAUGGCGACUAACUGGCAUACACGAUGAGCGUGCUACUAUUAUACCAGGAAUCGGUCACUGUCACGAGAUGCGCGUUAGAAGCGAAAAAGAUUGGCCAGCAACAAAAGCUGCUAAACAAAAGGGCAUCGAUUUGAUACGAAGUUGGAUCAACGCCUAAUUUCAAUUUGUAUUU